UUUCUCACUGAUAGAUGAAUCAGCUAGGGGUUUUCCAAAGACCUCACGGAAAUGGGCGACGAAGGAGGAAUAGGACUUGACCACGGAACCUUUCUGAGUCCAGAGAGAAUCUGCCCAGUGAAGAGCCUUUCCUUGCAGUUGAGAGAUGAUAAACGCUAUUUUUGUGGUAUCAGUGGGGUAGAGAUGCGGUUGCAUCUCCAGGACCAACUCACAUUGCAGGAGGAAUUCGCUGCAAUCCUCCGCCGAUCCUGAGUAGGGCGCUGGAUUGGCCAUGGGACUGGCGUGAAUGGCAGGUGGAGGAGUGGAAGAAGUGGAUGCGGAAGCGGCAGCAGGUGACGGUGACGGUGUUUGUGGGUGAAAUGGCAGAAGCCAAUAUUUCAGUGGGACAGGAUGAGUUCAGCUGUCCAGUGUGUCUGGAUCUACUGAAGAAUCCAGUGACCAUUCCUUGUGGACACAGUUACUGUAUGAGCUGUAUUACCGGCUGCUGGAAUCAGGAUGAUCAGAAGGGAGUUUAUAGCUGCCCUCAGUGCAGACAGACCUUCACUCCAAGACCUGCUUUAGGUAAAAACACCAUUUUGGCUGAAAUGGUGGAGAAACUGAAGAAGACUAAACUCCAAGCUGCUGUUCCUGCUGGAUCUGGAGAUGUGGAGUGUGACAUCUGCACUGGAAGAAAACACAAAGCCGUCAAGUCCUGUCUGGUGUGUCUGGAAUCUUACUGUCAGACUCAUUUUGAACGUCAUGAAGAAUUUCGCUCGGGAAAUCCACACAAAGUGAUCGAUGCCACUGGACGACUCCAGCAGAUGAUCUGUCCUCAACACGGUAAACAAUUAGAAAUCUACUGCCGCACUGACCAGCGCUGUAUUUGCUACUUGUGUACAGUUGAUGAACACAAAAACCACAAAACUGUAAGAGCUACAGAAGAGAGGACAAAAAAACAGAGACAUCUGGAACAAACACAAAAAAACUUCCAAAACAGAAUCCAGCAGAGAGAGAAAGAUCUCCAGGAGCUGAAAGAGGUUGUGCAGACUCAUAAGCGCUCCACGCAGGCAGAAGUAAAGAACAGUGAGAGGAUCUUUACUGAGUUGAUCCGCUGUAUUGAGAGAAGCCGAUCUACGGUGACUCAACUGAUUGAAUCUCGGGAAAAGACUGUAGUGAGAUCAGCUGAAAAACUCAUGAAGCAAAUGAAGCAGGAGAUUGAUGACCUGAAGAGACAAGAUGCUGAAAUGAAGCAGCUUUCACACACAGAGCAUCACAUCCUUUUCCUACAGAGUUUCAGGUAUUUCCUGUUUCCCCCAAAAUCUACAAAUUUUUUCGAGAUUGCCAUCAAAACUCGCAUUCAAUAUGAUGAUGUUAGAAAGUCUGUCUCUCUGCUACAAAAGAAAGUUGAGGAUUUCUGCAAAGAGACGAUAGGAAAGAUAUCUAGUAGAGUGAGAUACAUUGGGGUUGAUUUCUCAUCUGAGGAGGAAGAGGAGGAGGAGGAAGAUGAGGAUGAUGAGGACGAUGAGGAAGACAAUGAUGAGGACGAGGAGGACUUACAAUACUUGAGGAGGAAAGCUCUGAACAGCUGGAAGCCUGGCAGAUGUAAUCUACUGUCCAGAAAAGAUUAGUUAUCCAGGUUUCUAUGUAGCACAAAGUAGUAGAGCUGGAAAUGUCCUUAUUUGUCCAGUGUCACAGUCAUUGUCCAGGUUCUUCAGAAAACCAGGGUCACAGCUCAGACCCUCCACAAC